UGGAGCCACUUGCUGAAUAUUGUUAGUACCUAAUAUGCAAGAUGAGAGGAGCAGGAAUCACUGAACGGGAGUCAUCCAAGUCCUGUAAUCACCUGUUGGAUGGAAAAUCUUCAUUCCCACCAUCACCGGUUGCCCAUAUCACAGCGAAAGCAGCGGCUGCCACAGACUCUCCUACAGACGACCACAGGCAGCGCUGGAGGAAGACGGCGGAGUACGACCUGACCCUGCCACCGGGAGCAGAAGCUUCCCUACCGUUGACGGGAGGCAACCUGUGCGGGACACCCAGCCUCCUGAGGAAGAUGUGGAUGAAGCACAAGAAGAAGUCAGAGUACCUGGGGGCAACAAACAGUGCCUUUGAGGCAGACUGAUAAGGCUCAGCAGCACCUGGAAAGACAGAAGGUCCUUUAGCCAGGACAAGGUGCUCUAGGAUCAAUGAGGGAAAACAUUAUCCUUUUUAUUACUUGAUGCCAUUGCCUCAGAAUGGUGGGAGAAAGGCUAACUAAGGUAAAAACGGUGAAUGUGCUGCAACUCACUGGUUGGUCUUUGUUGUGAUAUACUAAAACCCCAAGUAUCCCACUAGAAUUAUGUCUUGACUCAAUGACGUUGAAAUUACUGCUGGCCCAUUCAGCAUUUUACAUGUCCUGUCUGAAUCAGCUCGGACUCACAACACAAAAAGCCUACCAAGAGGUUUGUGUAUCCCUUCAAGGCAACAGAUUGAUUACAGUGGGCCAUUAAAUCCCAGGGGUCUGCUCGUUGUGUACCACUGCUUGUCCUCUUCCCCCUCACAUAUCAUGAGAUAAAAAAAACACAUCUUACGAUAUGCUUGGUUGAAUGACAUAAGGCUAAACAUCUUUUUUUUUUUUUCUUCAGUUUUUGGUGUUUUAAGACAGGAGUAACAGAUGCAAAAAUUUUAAAAGAACGGGUGAGUCAGAACUGAGCAAGUUUGCAAACACACAUUUAGCAAACUUUGCUAUGUGACAAGUGAUUGGUAUUUCAAAGUGUCCUGCCAGAUCAAACUAUGAGCAACUGGAUAACCUCAAGAGAUACUUUCUUCCAUAGAACUUGCUUAUACAUUAACUGAUAGUCAGCAACUUACUCUCUACAUAUGUGGUAGAGGAUAGUUCACUAAGUGCACAAAAUACCAGGAGGAAAGAAAAUACGUAAAGGAUGCAACUAGGCGACUAAACAUGAGGUAUUUGCAUCCAGGAGACCUGUGCUUAUGAAUAGAUGGAUUUAAUGGAAUUUGCUCAAAAAAUUUUCUCAAUUUUUUUUUCAAUUUAGAAAUUGCUAGUCAUGGCCCCUUGGGUUUUCCUCUUAAAAAAAAAAAAGUUUUACAAAACAGGUUUCACCAGUGUCCACAGACACUAUUAUAUUAGUCCUGAGCAGCACUUGCCUCGUAUGAGUGCUCUCCUGGUUAUUAUAAAAGACUUUGGUUUGCCUAAAUACAGAACUUUAAAUAUAAAAUUGGAGGAAGUGUAUCUCCUGUUGCUCAUAGCCAUGACAAUCUUCUCUAAACUAACGGCCAGUGCUCCAAAGCAUAAAUGAAAAAUAAAGGUCUUACUCCAUGGCAGAACCAGAGGAAAGAAGCUCCCAUCUGAAACUUGCUUGCCUGCAGCCAGCGUAGUAAAACACAGUGAGAUGCCAUCAUACACAGUGCCACGGUACCGAGGUGAGGAGGCUCCAGAGCCACGAACCCACCAAAGGUCUGAACCAUAUGUUGGCAGCGUUAACGGCAGUUACAGCUCCUUUCCCUCCCCCCACAACCACCUGGGCAACUUCUGUACUUGGCGUACCUGCUGACUUCACCCACUGCUUCUGUUAAGAUCCUCUUCAGCCUGGACUUAGAAAAAAAGCAUAUUCUGAAUUCCUCUUAAAGCGCAGGACUGAGGGAGCCUUGGAUUACAGCCGUCAGAGCUGCAGGCUCGGGCAGGUAUCCCCUGUGAGGGCUCACCAGCUCAGAGGUACCAGGGUACCGCCUGGAUGGGACGGAAAGGCUGCUAAAGGUCCUCUGGCUCUGGGGUGAGUGGGGUGGAGCACCACACAGGAAAGGUUCUCAGCUUGACAACCUGAGCAACCAAAGUCCAUAGGACGGGAAAGCAACUGGAGCAGCCUGGUAGCUUUACAGAGCAAAUGUCCCCAGUGGCUCCAAAGAGGGCAGCAAGGGACAUCGGUGGGGGGCUGGAUGUGCUGGAGAAGGCAGUAGGAUAGGGAAGGAAGUUCUCAUUUAUAAAGGUACUAUGGCUUUUCAUACGGCCAGAGCCAACUCAGCCUGCCAAGGAAGGGAGAGGCACGAGCCCUUCAUAAAAUAUCUCUUUCUGUCAGCCCUCACGUUCAGCUGUUCAUCCCUUCUUCAGUCUCAGGCUUCUUCAGAAGUGCUCAACAACUGACAGAGGACAGCCUUGCAGCUAGAAAUCACACAGACGCUCCCCUUCUCCUUACCAAAGGCAAAAGUCCUUCUCUGGCCCGGCAGCCUGACAGAGGGGUGAUUUGCUCUCCUGCUUUUCUUUCUUCCUCUUGGGAAAGAAGCAGAACACAGCUCCUCCUUAACCACACACCGAAAGGCCCCAGCUGCUGGCAAGGCAAGGAGAAGAGGCAACGGUGGCCUGGUAUUGACCAUGUGUCAUGGUGUGUGAGAACGAUGCCAAUGGCCACUGAAGGCUGCACACCCAAACAGCACCAGAGCAGUUUUCUCACAGGGGUCCACCCCACCUUUCAGUUAGACCCUGACACAUUGACUCUAUGUAAUAGUCAACAUCGGGUCCUCCAUGACUGAACCAAGCUGGAGCCAUGGCCAAGACUUUCCUGAAACAUCUUUUACAAAUAUCACCAACCACAUUACACCCCACUCCCCAGCCCACAGAGAUCCUGCCAGGAGGUAAACCUAGUAAAUUCAGUGGGACUACUCUCCCACACAGCAAUGCCUACAUUCAAGGAGUAGGGAGAUAAGUAACCACCAGUUCCCUUUUUUGGUCUCAUUCUUUAAGCAAAGUAAAAAUAAAGAUGGACAGACACUGGGAAAAGUCCAUUUGCUGCAUUUGGGGUAAUUAAGACAGUGAGCAUUUGUGGUACCUGCCCUUGUAGCUAACGUGACCCAUAGAGCACCCAACACGCAGUCCAGGGCAACAAGAGUUUUGUCUGUUGAGAAAGCUAUAUCAUAGUGUUUCGCUUGUUAAUUAAUAGCUUUAAGCAGUAUAAGAAUGGAGGCAAAAAGAUGAUUAAUGUUUCUACCUAAUAAUUGCUGUAUGUUGAAAUGUGUAUUUAUUUAAUUUAUAAUUUGGAUCUACGAGAGAAGGAGAGAUUUACAAGAAGCCUAUUUCAUUUCUCUGUAUUCCAGGAACCACUGUGGAGAUUUCUUGU